UGUUUCCAUUUAUGGUUUGACAUUAAAUGCUAGGGAAGCGAUGGGUUGAUCUGGAGCCACACCUGUGUAAUUUGUGUGGUUAAAUUUCUGUUUCUUUUCACUUUAAUUUUUAUCUCUUAGGAUAUCACUGAUUUGCUGAAUUUUGUUUUGUGCUUUUGAUAUUUGUUUAUAUCUCGGAAAAUGUCAGUUUUUCAUACCAAGACCAUACAGAGUAUCUUAGAACCUGUAGCUCAACAAGUUUCUAGGUUGGUAAUACUUCAUGAAGAAGCUGAAGAUGGGAAUGCCAUGCCUGAUUUGUCAAGACCUGUACAAGCUGUUAGCAGAGCAGUUGCAAAUUUGGUUAAAGUUGGUAGAGAAACUAUCAAUAGCAGUGAUGAUCCAAUCUUCAGACAAGAAAUGCCUGCUGCAUUACAGAGAGUUGAAAAGGCUUCCAAACUUCUUGAAGAAGCUUCUGUUAUGCUUGGAUGUGAUCCAUACUCUCAACCUGCCAGAAAAAAGUUAAUCGAGGGAUCUAAAGGUAUUCUUAAGGAUACAUAUGCUCUUUUAUUAUGUUUUGAUGAGUCUGAAGUGCGAAAAAUCAUUAGAGAAUGCAAAAGGGUACUUGAUUAUCUUGCUGUUGCUGAAGUGAUUGAAAGUAUGGAAGAUUUAGUGCAGUUUGUUAAGGAUCUCAGUCCUUGUUUAACUAAAGUGUCUCGAGAGGUGGAUGCAAGGGAAAAGGAACUCAUACAUCAAGCGCACCGAGACAUAUUAAUUCGUUGUUUGGAAUCUGUAAAAUCAUUGGCUCCUAUUUUAAUAUGUAGCAUGAAGAUCUUUGUUCAGAUUUUAAGCCAGGGUGGAAAAGGUUUAGAGGAAGCAGCAGAAAACAGAAAUUAUCUUGCCCAAAGAAUGACUGAUGAAAUUAAUGAAAUUAUCCGUGUAUUGCAACUGACAAGUUAUGAUGAAGAUGAAUGGGAUGCUGAUAACUUAACAGUUAUGAAGAAAGCACAGAAUGCUAUGGAUGGAAAAUUAGAAGCUGCACAUGAUUGGUUGGAAGAUCCAACUACCGUAGUUGGAGGUGUUGGUGAAAAGGCUCUCCGUUUGAUACUUGAAUAUGCUGAACGUGUUGCCGAUAGAUGCCUUCCUCCUGAUAACAGUGCUAUUCAGAAAAUGUGUGGUGAUAUUACUGCUAUGACAAAUGCCCUUUGUGAACUAAGGCAAGAAGGAAAAGGCACUACUCCGCAAGCAGAGGCAUUGUCAAGAGGUAUUAGUCAGAAACUACGAGAACUUAUAAGAUUAGUUAGCCAAGGAAUAUCUAAUGUAGAGAGAAGCAGUACUCAACAACCGGCACACACCUUACGUGGAAGAAUUGAACAAGCUCGAGCAUGGUUGACAAAUCCAUCAUUUAAUGACAGUGGCUUAGGCCACCAGGCAAUUCAGCUUGUUGUUGAAGAUGGCAGAAAAAUCAUCAAUAGUUGCCCUGUUGCUGAACAGAUGUCGAUACAAAAGUUAUGUUCAGAAACUGAAAGUCUGUCACGGCAGCUUGCUGAAAUGUGUCGUAUGGGUCAAGGUUCAAGUUAUCAGGCAGUAGCAAUAGCCGAGACAAUAUCAGGUAAAUUGCAAGAGCUGAAAAACAAAAUUCAGGAAACCAUUGUGAGCAAAGUUGUGAGGGACUUUAUUGAUAUUACUACACCUUUAAAGCAAUUUACUGAUGCUGUUUUAUCGCCAGAAGGAACACCAAAUCGUGAGAUGAACUUCAAUGAAAAAGCUAAAGUGCUUAGUAAUUUCUCUCAACGUAUGGCUGGGACAGCACGCAGUGUUGCCACAGGAGGGUCUGCCAAUAAAAAGCUAGCUGAAAUGCUAUUGAUUUCUGCAAAUCAGUUAGAAAGUUUGACUCCACAACUUAUAAAUGCUGGACGAAUUCGAAUGUCGUAUCCAGACAAUAAGGCUGCUGAUGAGCAUUUUGAAAAUCUGAGGGAUCAGUAUGCUGAAAGUGUUGAGAAAAUGAGGUCUCUUGUGGAUGAAGCAACUGAUACAGUUAGCUUCAUUAAAAUGUCAGAGGAUAAUAUAUUAAAACAUACAAAGGCCUGUGAAGAAGCAAUAGCAAAUGGUCUGCCUCAAAAAAUGGUUGAAAAUACAUCUUCAAUUGCCCGUUUAGCUAACAGAGUCUUGAUGAUGGCCAAGCAAGAGUCAGAUAAUUCUGAAGAUACAUAUUUUGUAGAAAGAGUUAACCAAGCUGCAGAUUUGUUACAAUCAACUGUAACACCCAUGGUCCAAAAUGCCAAAAUGGUUGCUCUGAAUAUAUCAGAUCCUAAGGCUAUUGCAUGUUGGAAAUCUAGUAAUAAAGCAUUGAUUACAGCAGUUGGGCAAGUCCAUUUUGCUGUUCUGGUUUCUCCAGAUGUACCUCCUGAAAUUCCUCCUCCUCCUGAUAUGAGUGCAUUGAAUCUAAAUGAAAAGCUCCGUCAGCAAGAAGUUAAUGUUCCAGAUUUUGGGGAAAUAUUUAAAGUUGAUACAAACGUGUUUGCGAGUGCCCCACCGUGUUCAAUACCACCAAAACGAGGUACUUCUGAACAUCCUGUGUGACACAUACUAAUUCCC